GGAGGAGAGGAGGAGAGGCGAGGAGAAGGAGAGGCGAGGAGGAGAGGCGAGGAGGAGGAGGAGGAGGAGGCGGCGAGGAAGAGAAGAAAAGAAGAGGCGACACCAUGAGGAAGAGGAAGAGAGAACUGACAGCCCUGUAUGAGGAGGAGUGUUCAGCAUCUGCCACCCAGGAGGAGCCGGAGAAGACGGAGGACCAGCCAAAGGAGGAGGAGACGGACGGCGAGACCAAGAAGAAGAGGGAGCAAACGGACAACAACCGGAGGGAAACCACUGAUGAUGCCAUCCUACAGCCGGAGGAACGGGCCGCUUUUUACAGACUCCUGGACGAAGGACACAUCCAGCUAUUUCUAGGCAGGGACAGCUGCUAUAAGAUCGCGGACAAGUAUCUCCUGGCCAUGGUCCUCAUCUACUUCCGAAGAGCCAACCUGCGUACGGAGGAAUAUAACACCUACUUCUUUCCAGCGCUGUUUCUUGCCAACCAGUUUGAAGAGGAUGAGAUGUUUCGACGCGAGAUCUACCCCUGGGCCCUCGGACCGAUGUGGACGGCGAUGAAGACCUGGAUGCUACACCUGCGGAACCUGCUGCUCCUCCGGAUGAGAUUCCACGCUUGA